UCAUGUCUCCGGCCAGAAAGCAGCUCAUGACUCAGUGUUCCUCCCAGAAACUGCUCUACCUCGGGAAACCUAUCGUCUUUUUUUUUUUUAAUAUAUAUUUACGGAACUCCCUACGUAAAAACCCAGGAAAAAGGAAGUUACCGUGGAGAUUUCUUGCAUCGAGGAAACGAACGGAGUGAUACGUCGUCAGGUCCAAGUCGAAAGAAAAAAAGCCCACUAAAAUCUUUGAUGGAUUACAGGACGCGUUCGGCGCUGGAUUGAUGGUAACAAAAAAAAUAAGAAUUAAAAAAAAAUACCUGACUGUGACGUCCAGGUAUGCGGACGCUCCCCCGCAGACACAAAGGAACUCGCUUCACUUUUUGGACGACAGCGAGCUGACGUCUUCCCUCGUUGGGGCGAUGAAUGCUGCCGUUUAUUCGGCGUGAUUUCCGCUUGUGUGUGUCCUCCUUCUCCUCUCUCCCAUGCAUAGCCUGUGCCGGGUGAAGAUGCAGGUCCGGACCGUGCUGGACGUCAAAGUGGUGGACGUGGAGAAGAGGCGCAGUCCGUCCAAACACUACGUAUAUCUGAUCAAUGUCACCUACUCUGACAAUACCUCCCACGUCAUAUACAGAAGAUACAGCAAAUUCUUUGACCUACAGAUGCAGAUACUUGACAAGUUUCCAAUUGAGGGAGGACAAAAAGACCCAAAGAAGAGGAUUAUCCCCUUUCUCCCAGGCAAAAUUCUGUUCCGGAGGAGUCAUGUGCGAGACGUGGCCAUGAAGCGACUGCGGUUUAUUGACGACUACUGCAGGGCACUAGUGCGACUACCCCCCCAAAUCUCACAGAGUGAAGAGGUGCUGCGCUUCUUUGAGACUAAAGCUGAGGACAUCAACCCCCCUGCGGAGGACUAUGGCUCCAAGCGCAAGUCAGGGAUUGACAGCUUGGAACCUAUGGUGCUGGAGCAGUAUGUGGCUGUGGCAAACUACGAGCGGCAGGAGAACUCUGAGAUCAGCCUCAAGGCCGGUGAGACGGUGGACGUGAUUGAAAAGAGCGAAAGUGGGUGGUGGUUUGUCAGCACAGCGGAGGAGCAGGGAUGGGUGCCUGCCACGUACCUCGACUCCCAAAGUGGGACUAGGGACGACUCGGAUCUAGGAACCUCCAGGACAGGAGAGGUGACUAAACGACGCAAGGCUCAUCUGAAGAGGCUAGACCGCCGCUGGACCCUUGGGGGUAUUGUCAACCGCCAACAGAGCAGAGAGGAGAAAUACGUAACGGUGCAGCCGUACAGCAGCCAAGGGAAGGAUGAGGUCAGCUUCGAAAAAGGGGUCACGGUGGAGGUGAUCCAGAAGAAUCUGGAAGGCUGGUGGUACAUCAGAUAUUUAGGGAGCGAGGGGUGGGCCCCUGCCUCCUAUUUGAAAAAGCUGAAAGAAGACUUCAGCCCUCGCAAAAAGACCCUGUCCGGCCCCGUGGAGAUCAUCGGCAACAUCAUGGAGAUAAGUAAUCUUUUGCAAAAGAAGUCCGUCAGCGAGAAGGACAUGCAGACGGACGGAGAAGGGAGCGUCACGCCGGAACGCCACAUCUGCAAGAGCGAGAUCAGCCUGCCUAUGCCCUUUAGCUCGGAGAUUAACGCUGAGACGGGAAGGAGGCUGAGCGCCGGCCGCGAUACCAACAGUCCGUGUCUGGGGAUAGCAGCCAGCACUGCUCGGAUGGAAGCCAAAGCGAGAGGCGAAGCUGGGUCGCCAGCUGUUGCCAGAGUCGCGCCGCAGAGAGUUGAGAAUGGGUCUCCAAAUCUGAGACAAAAACCUCCUCCAAGAAGAGAGACCAAUUUGGGGUUCCAGUUACCUAAACCACCAGAGCCACCUGCUGUGGAAGCGGAGUAUUACACCAUUGCAGAUUUCCAGUCUUCCAUUUCUGAUGGCAUCAGCUUCCAUGGAGGACAAAAGGCUGACGUGAUAGAGAAGAACCCUGGGGGUUGGUGGUAUGUGCAGAUUGGCGAAAUGGAAGGCUGGGCCCCUUGCUCCUACAUCGACAAACGCAAGAAACCCAACAUCAGCCGUCGAACCAGCACCCUAACCCGACCCACAGUUCCACCCCCAGCCCCGCCUGUGAAAAAGCAUGAUUCUGAAGAAAGUCCUCCCUCUGCCACCUGCACUCUGAAAGUAUCAGACUCUGUGUACGAGGAACCUGAAUAUGAUGUACCUGCAGUUGGCUGUGAUGGUGAAUCAGACACUGAUUCUCUCAAAGAUGAACGCUCCUUGAAUGUGAAGUUCAGCAGUGCAGUCGGCAACAAGUUUUCCCCACCCUCAAAUAAAGCCUCCCAUCCUGUCUGCAAAGAAUCACCGAUUUUCAGCCAUCAAAGGGCGUCAUUUAGAUCUGACCAAAAUGUUGCUAAAAAGGAAUGCAUCUACGAGAAUGAUGCUUGCCGACCUACUAGUGGCACUGCAGGAAGGACAGCCAAAGUGUCCAGUGAACCCAACUCUCCAAGAAGCUACCAUUCCUCUACAGUUCCUCGCAAACUCUCUGGAUCUUCACCGGUGCCUGGUCGACUCUCUAAAAUUGUAACCCCAGAGAUGAAUAGGAGAAGCCAGACUCUUGAUAGACGUACAGACAUUAACCGCCGCUCUCAGGAGAACAGUCCACACUCCUCAUCAGAUGAAUCAAAAGGCACAAGCCUCAGCCGAGAUGUGGAGCAGAGAAUAGGCCAGAGCCCUUCUACAAGACCAAAGCCUUCUGUCAGACCUAAACCUCUCCUGACUAAAUCAGAGCCUCAGAGAACCGAAAGGAUGGACAUCAGCUCCUUGAGACGGCAGCUGAGACCCACAGGUCAGUUGCGACACGGCCCCAAGCCUUCCAGAGGCGAAGAUUCUGAAACAGCCUCUGUUAUGCCAUCCGAGCAAUCAAUGACUUUGCGCACUACAUCAGAUCUUUCGUCUGUAUACCCAAAAGAAGUCCAUGGAGAAUCUGACCCAAAGGGUUCAUGUUUGUACCGCUCCCUGGAUGCCUACAAGAAGGUACAAGAGUCUGAGAUCAGCUUUUCAGCUGGGGUGGAGGUUGAAGUUCUGGAGAAGCAAGAGAGCGGCUGGUGGUACGUGCGCUGGGGCUCUGAGGAAGGUUGGGCUCCCUCAUACUUUCUGGAGCCUGUUAAGAGAUUGGUGGAUACUGCAAGGCUUGAAUCGGGUACUAGUGGUGAAAGAAAGUCCAAUAGCCUCGAGAAAAAUGAAAAGCAAGUUAUGGCUCGAAAUAACAUCAAUAUUCAAGGUUUGACCCAGCAGCAUCAAGGAUUGAGGAGGAACACUCCGCCUAUUCCUUCCAAGCCUCCUGGUGGCUUCUCAAAGCCGUCGGGGAUGGUUAACGGGGGCGUGCGGAUGAGGAAUGGGGUACGUCAAGUAGCAGUUAGGCCUCAGUCUGUAUUUGUGACCUCGACACAGCCAGCUAAAGAUACGCAUUACAUGACUGGCUCUCUAAGACGAAAUGAGUCACUUGGCAGAAGUGAUCACUACGGCUCUGGUUCUGCCACACUUGGCGUUCGCCGAAAUGCCUCCUUCAGCACGGUGCGACCACAUGUGGUGGUGGAAAGUCAAGCAAGACCCGCCGAGCGCUCCAACCUGGGGUCCUCAGUGAGUGGAUUUAGCUCAAGCAAUGCACAGGAUCCCCUUGGCAGAUUUAGCAAGCGCAACGGUAUCCCAAUGUCUGCAGUUCGUCCCAAACCAAUAGAGAAAAGCCAGCUGAUCCAAAAUAACCUUGGCAGAGAUGUGUAUGUGUCCAUCGCGGACUACCGUGGUGAUGAGGAGACUAUGGGAUUUGCUGAGGGCACCAGUCUGGAGGUCUUGGAGAGAAACCCCAAUGGUUGGUGGUACUGCCAGGUACAGGAUAGCUUGCUGCCCCGCAAGGGCUGGGUCCCAUCGAACUACCUUGAACGGAAAAAAUAAAAGCCAUCUACAUUUGAUCUUCAUCUAACCAAGAACCUUUCUAUUUGAUGUCUCUGGGAUGACAGGACGCAUCAUUCCUCAAGAACGUUAUCCACAAGCAAUACGUCCUUAAAAACUGGAAACUCUGAAAAGACGGUUUUGUCUCAUAAAUUGGACAGUUUAAAUGCUGGUUAACUGAAAAAAAAAGUGUACAAAGAGUCGGACGUAUUUCACCGGAGAGGUAAAUAGAAAAGAAGGGUUGGACAUAUUUGACGAGAACCAUGAUGUUCCAAUUCAAAAACAUGGUGCGAAUGGGAGCCUCUCAAAGGGUUUUUCUAUUGUUCCAUCACCGGUGUGAUGAGUGAUAAGUGCCUUUUGUAUCACCUAAAUGGAAGUACAGUAGGUACUAGUACUACAAGGUGGAUAGAAAAAUGUAACAUCAACCAAAACUUGUAAAUGUGCCAUACAACUAUGAACACCACCGAGAAUCAUUCAGAACCCUUUAGUGGCUCCAAGAGGAAGCAACGGAAAGUUCUAUAGUUGGUCCAAGACUCAAAAGAUUCAACACUUUAGCUUUCACCCAUGAGGCAAAGAAACAUGAUUAUUGUUUGUUACCAACAUCUUUGGUUGAUGUCUUCCUUAGAUAAUAAUUUCUGCGUUCUUGGGACAUCUGUUAUCUGACAACUGAGUAAAAGUACAAAAGUAAAAGCUCCUUGAUCAAUUUUAAGUGACACAAACAGUUUCCUUCAAGUUGUGUUUCCAGUACAUUUUAAAAAGCAAAACAACAAAAAAUACCAGUGAAUCAGAUGGUUGUUAUUGCAGUACCUGAAUCGUUUUUCUUUUUCCAUAGGAUAAAACUGCUGUUACGUUAAUGCAUUGAUAAAUAGGACCUGGUAAAUCUGUGAAAAUGGCACCCUUUUAGUUUAUUCAUCACACGAUGUGAUUACAGUUAUUUAUUUAUGGUACGUUGCAACGUGCAGUGGUACCUCAGGGUAUGAGUACCAAAGCUCACACAUUUUUGAGAUACGAACUGUCUCUCUAAUUGUUCCACCUUAGGUUGCAAGCAAAAAUCUGGGUUACAAGCCUCACAGUGAACCCCGUAAGAUCCGACCAAAACUCUCGGUCUCACCCGCUAGCAUUAGCUUGGACAUAAAGUGAGUGUGAAGGACAGUGCUGAGAAGAUGUGGAUGACAAAAAAAAAAAGCUCAAUAAACAUGUGCGAGCUUGUUGCUUAGCAGUGCUAGUCUUGCACCGUACUGAAGCAGAGUAAGUCGAGAACGCCAGCCAAAGAUGUUGAAAUAAUACCUAAAUGGCGGACAUGUAUCCAUGAAAAUAUGGAAAAGCUGCUGAUGGUGACGGAGAAGCAGUGAACGAUACCGCAGAAGUCCGCUCUCCAAGGUAAAUGAUCUACAUUACUUCUUAAAACCACUGUAGUUGUUUGUACUAUGUUUUAUUGCAUUGUUUUUCAUACAAUAUGUAUUAUUUAAAAGUUCAGGUUUCUCUUUAAAAGGCAUUCUACUUGUUAAUAUGGUACUGUUUUUGGGGGGAUUUCAAUUCAUUUCAAUGGGCCGCGCUAUUUCGCAAUACACGUUUUUCGAGGUACAUAGAACCAAUCCUGAGGUACCACUGCACAUCCAAUAGGGUUUUUGGACGCAAAAAAAUGGAAAACCUGUACUUACAAGGAAUCAUUUUUAUUGUUGGGUGGGAUUUAACCCUGAAAUAAAAGGUACAUAAUUGUCAUCCUUUUAGUUUUCCUGCAUCUUAACCAUUCGGUAACAUUUUAGAUUUCUGACCAAUUAUAAUAAUACAAUCAAAACCUGACAUGAAAUUACAAUGUUGCAGUUUCUACAGUCGAGAGUUUCAAAGCAUUAAAAAAACCAAACCAAAACAUAGCUGAUGUUCAAGACUGCUGAAAUAUAUUUUCUAAUGAACGUUGCUAUUUUUGUAAUAUGUGUGUCUGCUGGACGGGGUUAUGAAAAAAGACCACACAGUUCAGUUUUUUGUUUAUUUUUGGCAAAGUGUGUUGUUUUUUUUGUUAUGUUAAUUUAAAUGUGAUAGCACAGUUACAAUGACGAGGAACGAAGUGAUUCAGUUGUGUUACAGUAAUUGGUGCACUUUGAAACCUUUUACUGAUUACAUUAGUUUAAAGAUGCAGUAAACACCCAGCGUAGUAUUUAUGGUUGUUUUAAUGAAUCAAGUUUUUCACUUCAAUUGACACAAGCUUCAUUUUGUGACUGGAGAUGUUAAACAGAGACCUCUUGUGGAUGUAAAAAGAUACUGCACCUUUUUAUUUUUUUCCAUUACAAUCAUUGUUAAUAUUAUUAUCCACAUAAUUAACAGCCAGUCUACCACAGUGCAAUAAGAAAUGCACUGCUGGUCAGUGAGUCUAACCCCAAAACUGUACUUUUUUUAUUUUAUUUUAUCUUUUGUUGAACCAAAGAGCAGCUAAAAUGUCUUUGUGUGUGUUUUUAUGUAGCACGCAUUUGUGAACAUCUUUCCAAAGUUCAUUUAUGUCUCAUGCUGCAACUUGAGCAGAUAAUGGGCACUUCCUUCUUCUUUAUUGUAAUUUACAUAAUGCCGGAUUAAAGUAUAUUUAUUUGUAUAAGAUUGUGUCACAUGAAUUGACAUUGAACUUUUUUUUUUUUUUUUUUUGCCAUGGUGCAACUCGACAAAGGCAUUAUGUAAAAUGUGUGUCACUCUUUUAAUCGACCCCUUUAUUCUGCUUAAUGACUUAAACUAGCAAGGGAAUUGAUUCAGUUCAUUUUAGUCGUGUGUCCAUCAUGCAGGGUUUUUUUGUGUUUUUAAUUUUGGUACAAGUUUCUGCCUGAGAGAAAAUGUGCAAUAAUUAUGUUGAGUAUUUUAGCAAAAGGCCCGAGAGGGACAAGCGGUAGAAAAUGGAAUCAUAUUAAUAUGAAGGCCUGGACAAAGGUCGCUACAGGUGGUCCUCGGUUUGUCUUCAUAUGUUAUCUCAGUCAACGCAUAACUUGUCAUCCCCAACUACAGCUUCACAUUAAACCUUAAACUUAUGCAAAUUAGCACAAGCCUUACAUUUUUAAUUUUGCCUAUCAUUAUGUGACAAGCACACACAAUGUUUUAUUUGUAUGCAUUCUAAAUAGUAAAUAAUAGCAAACGGAGGUCUAUUCCGCCUGUAAAGCACUUUAAAAAACAUCCAUAAUACCUCCAUCAACGUUUUAUAUAAAUGCUAAGCAUAUAUAUUAUGUAGUAACAGGCACGUUCAUAAUAACACAUAAUAGUUACGUAUUUGUAUGCAUUCUAAAUAGUAAAUAAUAGCAAACGGAGGUCUAUUCCGCCUAUAAAGCACUCUAAAAAACAUCCAUAAGACCUCCAACGAUUUAUAUAAAUGCUGUAAGUAUAUAUAUUAUGUAGUAACAGGCACUUUCAUAAUAACACGUAAUAGUUAUGUAUUUGUAUGCAUUCUAAAUAGUAAAUAAUAGCAAACGUUGGGUCUAUUCCGCCUAUAAAGCGCUCUAAAAAACAUCCAUAAGACCUCCAACGAUUUAUAUAAAUGCUGUAAGUAUAUAUAUUAUGUAGUAACAGGCACAUUCAUAAUAACACGUAAUAGUUAUGUAUUUGUAUGCAUUCUAAAAAGUAAAUAAUAGCAAACGUUGGUCUAUUCCGCCUAUAAAGCGCUCUAAAAAACAUCCAUAAAACCUCCAUCAACGUUUGAUAUAAAUGCAGUAAGUAUAUAUAUUGUGUAGUAACAGGCACAUUCAUAAUAACACAUAGUUACGUAUUUGUAUGCAUUCUAAAUAGUAAAUAGUAGCAAACUUUGGGGGUCUAUUCUGCCUAUAAAGCGCUCUAAAAAACAUCCAUAAGACCUCCAUCAACGUUUGAUAUAAAUGCUGUAAGCAUAUAUAUUAUGUAGUAACUGGCACAUUCAUAAUAACACGUAAGAGUUACGUAUUUGUAUGCAUUCUAAAUAGUAAAUAAUAGCAAACGGAGGUCUAUUCCGCCUAUAAAGCGCUCUAAAAAACAUCCAUAAGACCUCCAACGAUUUAUAUAAAUGCUGUAAGUAUAUAUAUUAUGUAGUAACAGGCCCAUUCAUAAUAACACGUAAUAGUUAUGUAUUUGUAUGCAUUAUAAAAAGUAAAUAAUAGCAAACGUUGGAGGUCUAUUCCGCCUAUAAAGCGCUCUAAAAAACAUCCAUAAGACCUCCAUCAACGUUUGAUAUAAAUGCAGUAAGUAUAUAUAUUGUGUAGUAACAGGCACUUUCAUAAUAACAGGUAAUAGUUACGUAUUUGUAUGCAUUCUAAAUAGUAAAUAUUAGCAAACGUUGGGUCUAUUCCGCCUAUAAGGGGCUCUAAAAAACAUCCAUAAGACCUCCAUCAACAAUUUAUAUAAAUGCUGUAUGUAAAUAUAUUAUGUAGUAACAGGCACGUUAAUAAUAACACUUAAAUAGUUACAUAUUUGUAUGCAUUCUAAAUAGUAAAUAGUAGCAAACUUUGGAGGUCUAUUCUGCCUAUGAAGCGCUCUAAAAAACAUCCAUAAGACCUCCAUCAACAUUUGAUAUAAAUGCUGUAAGCAUAUAUAUUAUGUAGUAACAGGCACAUUCAUAAUAACACGUAAGAGUUACGUAUUUGUAUGCAUUCUAAAUAGUAAAUAAUAGCAAACGGAGGUCUAUUCUGCCUAUAAAGCGCUCCAAAAAACAUCCAUAAGACCUCCUUCAACGUUUGAUAUAAAUGCAGUAAGUAUAUAUAUUGUGUAGUAACAGGCACGUUCAUAAUAACACAUAAUUGUUACGUAUUUGUAUGCAUUCUAAAUAGUAGCAAACUUUGGGGCAGUCUAUUCUGCCUAAAGCGCUCUAAAAAACAUCCAUAAGACCUCCAUCAACGUUUGAUAUAAAUGCUGUAAGCAUAUAUAUUAUGUAGUAACAGGCACGUUCAUAAUAACACGUAAUAGUUACGUAUUUGUUCAUUUUAAGCAUACGACGGCGUAUUAAUUUCACAGACGCAACACAACGUUUGCUAAUGACCUCAACAACAUGAACACGACCAAUCAUUGCAGACUUCAAAGACUACUUUGGGACUAAUGAUGAUCCAGAACCUUAAAUUGUUUAGCUUUAAUAUAAGGAGGAUGAGCGUGCCAGUGCGUGUGUCUGAGACCCCUGGUUAACAUAGCACAAAGCAUUUAAUAUUUGUAUGCGGUGUUUUUCAUUUUAAAUUUAAAUUUUUUUUUUGUGGCUCCCAUUAUUUUCUUUAAUUUGUGAAACCUGCCAAAAUGGCUCUUUGAGUGGUAAAGGUUGCCGACCCCUGGAGUAGGUAAUAUUAAAGACUGAAAUCUGGCCUCAAAAAAAGCUGCACAUUUGCAUUCAUCCGCCACAUGCACUUGAGUAGUUCUCAAGCAAGUCUCGUAUUUAUGGACCACAAUUAGGUUUUCAUUCAUAUACAAGGGCGUAGUUACAACUUGGCGAUGUCAUAACACGGAAUGACAAAACGAGGAUCACCUGUAUUGCCUGGUUUGAAUGUAGGUCGUAUACGUGUUUGUGUGAAAAUCAAAACAUCAGGUUUUCAUGUUAAGUACAAAUCCAUGUUGACUGGAUCAAAGUAUGUGACAAAGCAUAUUAGUGCAGUAUGGUGGACUUUUGGACCGAACGACAAGAUAGAACAACGUCCCUCUUUCCACUGUUGACAUUGCAGCCAUCUGGGUCUUCUUCAAAGAUGGACGGUCUUGGUCUCAGUGGGCCUGCUCUCUCACUUUCGUGCCUAAAUGGAAUUUUGAUAUUCUCGUAUUUUAUCUUGUUUUUUGCUUCAUGGAUGUAUCGACGAUUACGUUACCGCCGUGCGCCUAACGAUCCACGAUAAUGUUGUUAGCCGGAAGACAUCAGCGGAGCAAAGCACCUUCAGCCGUUUCACAUCUGCAUUUGAACCUUUUUCCAUGUGGAUCCCAAAAGAGGACAAUGAAAUGUUCUUUUUGAUGUGAUGUUUGUUUGGAAGGUGUUUCUUACACUUGCCAUGAUAUUGUGAUAUUUACAAUAUUUGUCUUGAUCAUCUCAUGGACCUCAUUGCCUGUCAAAGUUGAUUUCCUCCGAAAUAAAAUGACAGUGGGACCCGUUUAUGUUGACGCACCGCAGACCGGUUGUCGUCGUUGACAUAAGCGGUCGUCGAUCUAACUGAAAGCAGCCAUUGGUUGCACAUUUACUUGGCGAUUUUUGAUAGAGGUUUCAGGAAAA